AUGGAAAAAUGUUAUGAUUCUUACGUGUUUUCUGCAAAUUAUACAUCUCGAAAAUUAGUCAAAUAUGUUGACGGUUUAACUUGCUCUCUUGGAAAUCAAUAUAAGGAUCUCGAAUUUGAUCAACAAGAACAAUUACUGAAUGACUUUGUUGUAGGCCAUGAAAUUAGGGCGUUGUACAACGAUCCUUCCAUUGAUGAGGGUGAUGAUCUGAAAGACCGCAUAGCAUCAUUUCCAAGGCUAACAUUUCAAACAGGAGAAAAAAUAAUUGUUGACUGUGAAAAUGAUUUCAAUACUUGGCGAGAUGAACAUUCUGGACCGUUUUCAUGGAAAUCUCUGAGUCAACAAAAUCUGACAUUGGAUGAUUUGGAGCCUAGUAAAAUGACCAAACCAUUAAGUAAGCAGAUUCCCACAGAUAUUCCUCUAUCUUCCAAAGAAUUCCAGUUUGAACCUCAACCAUGGACAACUGAGAUUAUCACUGAUUACAAAAGCAAACUUAAUCAAAUUAGCACACCAACUGAUGGGGUAAACAAAGGUUUUGAAGGAAGCAUUGAGAAUGUUUCACAUGCAUCUCCAGCUUCACCAGCUUCACUAGCUUCACCAGCUUCACAAGCUUCACCAGCAAUUGUGCGUCCACAUCAACUUAAACCUGAACCAGUAGAGAAAGUUUCUAAACCUGUUCCCCCAAAACGUCACAUCAAGAAGUCACCUGUGUCACCCAAUGAUGACAAGCAUGCUGCAGACAGACUUUUGCCUAAGCCAACAGAAGAAGAUUGUGUUUUUAGUAAUCCUACAAUGGCUGUUAACUAUUCCACUUUUGUUGGACAAAAUGUAGAUGAUGAAGAGGAACAUUUUGUUUGCUCUGUUUCUAUGACAACUAGUACUAAUAAAGAUGCUGAAAGCCAUGAUAAAUACUCAAUGGAAGAAUCUCACACUGAUGAUGAUGAUACUAGCAAACAAGAGACUGAAAGUGGUAAUGAUAUUUUAUCAGAGACAGUGAAGAGUGGAUUUGACUUUUUGGAUCAGUGGUAA